CGCUCUGCAUGCCAGAGGAGAGCGCAAGGCAGGCAGGCAGGGCAAAUCGGCCGCCUCUCUCUCUCUCUCUCUCUCUCUCCCUCUCCCUCUCCCUCUCCCUCUCUUUCUCUCUCUCUUUCUCUUUCUCUGUCUCUCUUGUCUCUCGCCACGCCAAUCCAUGAAAAUGCUUUGGAAACUGACGGAUAAUAUCAAGUAUGAGGAAUGUGAGAUGUUAGUUCACAGUUUCUCAGCGAUGGAUCGUCACGAUGGCACCAGCAACGGGACAGCCCGGUUACCCCAGUUGGGGACUGUGGGUCAGUCCCCCUACACGAGCGCCCCUCCGCUCUCCCACACUCCCAACGCCGACUUCCAGCCCCCUUAUUUCCCCCCACCGUAUCAGCCCAUUUACCCGCAGUCCCAAGACCCGUAUUCCCACGUUAACGACCCUUACAGCUUGAACCCGCUGCACGCCCAGCCCCAGCCCCAACACCCUGGCUGGCCGGGACAGAGACAGAACCAGGAAACGGGGCUUUUGCACACGCAUCGCGGACUUCCGCACCAGCUCUCCGGGCUGGAUCCGCGAAGGGAUUACCGGCGGCAUGAAGAUCUAUUGCACGGACCUCACGGCUUGAGCUCAGGACUAGGAGACAUCCCCAUUCAUUCAAUACCUCACUCGUUAGAAGACGUACCGCACGUAGAGGACCCGGGUAUUAACAUCCCAGAUCAAACUGUAAUUAAGAAAGGCCCCGUGUCCCUCUCCAAGUCUAACGCCAACGCCGUCUCCUCCAUCCCCAUCAACAAGGACACGCUCUUCGGCGGCGUGGUGAACCCCAACGAGGUCUUCUGCUCGGUGCCCGGCCGCCUGUCCCUGCUCAGCUCCACCUCCAAGUACAAGGUCACCGUGGCAGAAGUGCAGAGGCGCCUGUCCCCGCCGGAGUGCCUCAACGCGUCUCUGCUGGGCGGAGUGCUUCGGAGGGCAAAAUCAAAAAAUGGAGGGAGAUCUUUGAGAGAAAAACUGGACAAAAUAGGAUUAAAUUUGCCAGCUGGGAGACGUAAAGCUGCUAAUGUUACCCUGCUGACAUCACUAGUGGAAGGAGAAGCAGUGCAUCUAGCGAGAGAUUUUGGUUACGUCUGUGAAACAGAAUUUCCUGCCAAGGCAGUAGCUGAAUUUCUCAACCGACAACAUUCCGAUCCAAACGAGCAAGUCACAAGAAAAAACAUGCUUCUAGCUACAAAACAGAUCUGCAAGGAGUUCACCGACCUGCUGGCUCAGGACCGAUCUCCUCUGGGGAACUCUCGGCCCACCCCCAUUCUGGAGCCGGGCAUCCAGAGCUGCCUGACCCACUUCAACCUCAUCUCGCACGGCUUUGGCAGCCCUGCUGUGUGUGCUGCAGUCACGGCUCUGCAGAACUAUCUCACCGAGGCGCUCAAGGCCAUGGACAAAAUGUACCUCAGCAACAAUCCUAACAGCCACACAGACAACAGCACCAAAAGCGGCGACAAAGAGGAGAAGCACCGAAAAUGAGGAUUUUUCUCCUCCACCCACCCACCCUGCCCAAACAGCCAGCCUGGCCCUUCCAUGCAUUUCUCUUUCAGACUCCCCCCUUCCUCAUCACCCCAGGCUACAGCUGCAGAAGCUCAGAGAUCUUCUGUCCCAGCCUAUUCACACGGUAGGACUGGAAAUCCUCGCCUCCCAUCCCACCCCGCUCUUCUUUUUCUUCCUUCAUCACUUCCCAGUUCACUCCCAGUUGCUACCCAGUCUGGAGCCUAAGAAAACGAACAAGGCGAUGGAGCCAGCCUAGGAGGGAAAGAGAGAGAGAAAGAGAGUUUUUUUUUGUCGUCUGAGUUUGUGUGAACUUUUCAUUUUUUUUAUACAAAAAAUAAAAUAAACAAACAACAACAUUAAAAAAACAAACAGAACUUUUUUUCUAAAACAAAAAAAAGAAAGAACUAACAUUAAAGAUUGAGAAAUAAUUAAAUAAAUGUGGAGAAAACAAAUGAACUUCGUUGGACUGAAUCACCACCUCCCCUUACACAAACUUCCGUUUAAGAUUGUAGCCAUAUUUAAAAAAAAAAAGCAAAAGAGGCAAAAAGGAUGAUGAUUAUGAUGAUGACAUUUUAUCAGUAUUGUGAAUAAACUUGAACACAAACCACAUGCAGUUCCAUGUCAUGUCUUCAGUUGUAGAACCUCUCUCCUAUCCAAGGUAAAGCGACCAAUUUGAACUUUCUUAUGAUGAAUCCGAUUCACGGUUCUUCUAUAAGGGGAUCAGUGUUCAUGUAUGUAUAUAUUUAUUUAUGUGUAAUUUAAUGGGAAUUGUAAAUAUGGUGAGUCUGUUUGAAGCUUUUUUUUUAUUUAUCUGGUGAUCUCGUUUACCUCUUGUUUAGUGGGUUUUUAAAUCUUCCCCCUUCUUAGUUCCAUCACUGUGGUUCAUGGUUACUUAUUUAGAAAACAGAGGGGGGAGGGGUUUUUUGGAGGGAAGGGGUGGCAUUUUUCUGGGAUUCAUCACUUCAGCCCUGUUGUAGCAUGUUUAAAAAAGGCGACAAUAAAACAGCUAAACAAAUAAAAUAACCUGGAUUUUAAAAAUAUAUUACUAGUUCGACCUUUAGUUUCUCAUUGGUAAAGGGGGGGGGGGGAAAUCACAACCAGCCACUACCACCUGAAAUGAUAUUGGUCCCCCUUCAGGGAAGGUGUUUUUUUUGUUUUGUUUUUUUAAACUGUGUUAGUAGUUUCUGACAACCCCUUAAGUGUUGUGGCUUUAAAAAAAAAAAGAAACAAAAAAUUAUAUCCAGUGUCUUUCUAUUGAAAGCAUCAUCAGAGCAAUAAAUUGAUAUUGUCUAUUCAGAUAAAGGAUUAGGGAUCUUCUCUCUCUCCCCUCCCACCUUUUCAUUUUGAGUUGUCUUUUGGUUCAAAGAACUUCCAUACAUUUGGGACCACCUGGUAUCCUCUAUUUCCACCGGCCAUAUUGGAAGCAGUUAUAGUUGUAUUGUAUUGAGUUGUGCUGGCAGUAGUUUCCAUGCCUGUCAAUGUAUCAUAGUCCUUUGUUGCCCAGAUAAAUAAAUAUUUGAUACGCUU